GUAAAUCUGUCAGAAAGUCCUCACUGACUCACUUUGUUUCACAUUUAAAGCCUCUUUCAUUCAGCUCCUCUGGUCACCAUGACGCGCCCUGCUGCUCUUCUCCUCAUGUUAACAUCAUCCUUCCUGAGCUGCACCGCAGCAGCAACAGCAGUUUCCAUAUUCUGCACUUGGACUAAAGUUUCUCCAGAUGAACAAGAAGUGCACUACAUUUUCCUGCGGCAGGCCGCUGCAUCUCUGCGGCUGUACCACAGCUCCUGGUCCGGCCAGCGCGCUCUGCGCAGCUGCGCCUGGAGCGACGACGCAGCGGUGAUCCACAGCUACUUGGCUUUGUGCCGGGAGCGCACGCAGGAGUUUUCAGAUCAUCCAAAUGACAACUUCGAUUUGGACUCCAUGUUUGUCGGGGAGGAGGAGCAGUGCGUCUCUCUGGCCUCUCCGGGGGUCGGCGAGCAGGCAGGGAGGAGGCCAGUGAGGAGCGUCGGUGGUCCGGAUCGAGGUGAGAGGUCAGAAGUCAGGAUCCAUCAGCGUGUGAAGCGCGGCUUCAUUGUACCUGGAACUCUGUGGUGUGGAUCUGGAAACAAGGCGCCAUCCUAUGCAGAUCUGGGAGUUUUUUCAGACACAGACAGCUGCUGCCGGGAACAUGACCAGUGCAAACACACCAUCCUGUCAUUCCACUCACAGUUUGGUGUCUUCAACACCAACAUCUUCACCAUGUCCCACUGCGACUGUGACAACAAGUUUCGCAGCUGUCUGAAGGAGGCGAAUGACAGCAUAGCAGAUGUGGUGGGAUAUACGUUCUUUAACCUGCUAAAGAUGAACUGCUUUGAGUUCUCCCACCGACUCCAGUGUAUGCAGAGAAACUGGUUUGGAAUGUGUAAAGAGACUCAAAUGGCUCUGUAUGCUGAGGUCCGUCCGCCCACACUGUACUCUGAGGAGUCCAUCAACCCAACAGAGGACUUCAUGAACAGCACUGACUCCAUCAUCAACUCAACCAUACCUGCAGAACUCCCGCAGAGCAGCACCUUGGAUCCACAGCUAUUCUCCAUCACUGCUGCUGCAUCCACAGUCCCCACACCUUCAACAAGUUCGUCCUCUGCCUCCAUCACUCCUGUCACUAAUCACACCACCUCCUCAUUAUCUGGAUUACUGCCCGAGAGGAGAAACCAUCUGGAGAACGCCAAAAACUCAACUGUGACCAAGCAGGAUAUAACUGAGAUUCAGUCGUCAUGUGACAUCUAUAAGGACCUUGAUGAGUGCAAAGAAAAGAUCUUACCCUGGCAGAAGAAAUACGGUCUCUAUAAUCCAGAGCUAAGGACACUGUACCACUGCAACUGUACCACCAGAUUUUUCCAGACUUUGACUAAACAGAGACAAGUGACUGAAGUGCAGGCUCUUCUGCUGGGACACGUGUCACAGUCCUGCUUCCAGCCUCGGGACUGCACAGCAGGCAGCACCAGCUGUACAGCGGUUGUGGUGAAAGCAGAGCUACCUCAUUUGGACCAAAGCAGAGGUACAGAGGUGGAGGAGCAGCACCAUCUACAGGCCGUAAAACUGAAGGUCAGGAGGCCACACUCCAGGAGAGCUAGGAGGAAAGACCGACCUGUGAAGCUCCGCAGAUUGUGUCUCAGGAUGAGCAGAUCCAGAAACAAGGCCAGAACACAAAAUGCACAACAACCAGCAGUCAGAGAGAGAGCUCGACUGAAUGUUAAUAUAACAGAGCGUCAAAGUGUUCAAGAUUAAACAGAGAACUAAGACAUUACAAAAUCUAUCUAUCUAUCUGUCUGUCUGUCUGUCUGUCUGUCUGUCUGUCUGUCUGUCUGUCUGUCUGUCUGUCUGUCUGUCUGUCUGUCUGUCUAUCUAUCUAUCUAUCUAUCUAUCUAUCUAUCUAUCUAUCUAUCUAUCUAUCUAUCUAUCUAUCUAUCUAUCUAUCUAUCUAUCUCGUUACAUGUUCUACCUCAGGUCCUGCAUUCAUGUGAAUGUUACUUUGACCGCAGCAUCCAUCUACACUGAAAAAAAUAUAAUUUUUGGACCAACUUAAAAAAACAAACUGCCUUGAUGUUGAUUAUCGCGAAUUUGCAACAUCCCACUUUCAUUCAGAUUGGAGCUGAGAUAUCCAUUCCCCCAAUGCCAGUUUGUGCAUAUUCAAUACGUACCUUGGAACCUUUUGCAAGCACUGGUUUCUCGUAAGUCCGGUUGGAGUGGGACCUAAUUAUUAUAUAUCUGUUAUUAUUAUUAUACAUCUGUUCUAUGUGUAAUAGAUAAAUUAAGAAUCUCCACUUAUUUUAGCAUCAGCUGGAAAGCAAAAACAUACAAAAAAUGUUUUUUACUUAACUGUAAAUAAAGUCAGGCGUCAAGAGGUUAAGUUAGCAAGUGAUAUUAUUGCCACUGGUUUAGAUGUACUUGAAUCAUUUGAUUCCUGUCACAUGACCAUUGGUACAACUUAGUUUUAGGGAAAGUCAACUUGAAGUUUUUAAACUUCAAUAUUUAAGUAAUUGCUUUGCCCAUACAUAAACUAUAAAACACGAUUUUGCCAUAACUCUGUAUUCCUACUCAAAGAAAACAGCAGUUUAGUUGCAGCAGAACAUAUUUAAGUAAUACGGAUGUCAGAUGCACUUUGCUAAGGAACAGUAGACUUCAUUUUCAUACUUUCCGUGGAGUUCCAAUAUCAAUUUAAAGGGCAAAAUGGAAUUUCAGGUUGAUAGAAUCCACAAAAGUAAAUGCAAAAAGACCAGUCAGAUUUCUCUGAAGCAGUUCUUUAAUUCAGCUUCAGCUCAAAUAAACUUUUUACAGAGCAGUGAUGUUUGAAAAGCCUUGGAAGGCCAUUGAACUGUCGAGAAAUCUGUUGAUUAUUUCCCAACAACCUGUUUAGUUUUUUGGUCUAUAAAGUACUGAUCCGUGUUUAAUCAUGAAGGCAAAUGUCUUGUUUUGUCCACAACCCAAAGAUUUUCAGUUUGCUGUGAUAGAGGAGGAGAGAAUCCAGAAAAUGAUCACAUUUAAAAAGCUACCAUCAUAUAAUUGUGCUUAAAAAAAAUUCAAACCUAUUAAUUGAUUAUCAAGCUAGCUAGUGAUUAAUGAUUAGUGGACAACUAAUUGAUUAAUCAGCUAAUCAUUUUAGCUCUGGUUUAUACUUGGUUUAAAAUGCAUUCUGGUGACAUUACAGUUUUUCCCAGUUGCUUUGAUACAUUUCUCGAAUCGUUCUCUACAUUUGCAAAACAGUAAGUGCAUUUCCCAAAACAAUUCGUACAAAUAGCAAAACACCAUGGAUUACCUGCAAAAGCCAGUCUCUUGCUCAAAAUACUUAAUUCAUCUCUCAAAAGUAAAUAUCUGUGUCAAUGAACAUGUCAGUGGCAUCAGAAUGAUAAGUCCUUGUGUCAUUGUGUGGAUAAGACAGUCAAAUUGCUGAGUCAUGUUGUCAUAACACUGAACUCUGGAGGGAUGUUCUGAUGUAAAUUAUGGCUGAAGUUUUCAUGACAGUUAUUGUAAAUUGUAAGUUCCACUUUUGUGUAUGUGGGAGAUUGAUGGCAAGAGACUGGACAAGAUUCACAUUUACGCUUUUACUGUUUGUACUGUAAUUUGUUGACAGACCAAGUCAUUGUGAUACAGAAAGGAAAACAGCUGCAUAGCACAAAGAAAAAAACAAAAAAACAAAAGUAGAAAUAUUAACAUAGGACAAUCUCCUUAGGGAAAACUGUACAUGCAGUGCUGUAGGAAUUACAGUGCAGUCUUCCUGCACCUCCUGAUGUUCCUGUCUGUUGGGCCACAAAUUCUCAUCCACAUCACAAAUAUCUUCUCUUGUGUCUUUGAGUGAUUUCAGAAAAACCUAAUACUUCACACAUUUCCCUUCAUUAGAGAAAGUCAAGAUUCACCUUGAAGCAAUUUACCAAUUCAGGACAGAUUUAGAAAAAAAAAGUCUAAGGAAAAUGUAUAGAAAUAUCCUUGACAUAUUAUGACAACUUGUUCAACCAUUUUGCAUGUAAAGACUUAUGUGAUGAACUAAUGCCUAAAUGUUGUGGGGGGUGAGACUAUUUAACAGAGACCCAUUAUAAUACAUUUUGAUCAACAUCACAUAAACAAUUGAUAAUGUAGGAAACAACAGAGAAUUGUACAUAAUCAUUUGCAUGGAUGUACCAAAACAUUUGCAACUUGUUCAAAGAAAUGAGAUACUGCUUUUUUGAAGUGCACAAGUGACACAAUGAUGUGAAGAUUGAACAAGUAGUUUUGAGAAUUUCAAUUCUGAUCUGAGAAAUGCGCCAAAGCGACUGAGAAAAACUGUAAUACAAGUAGACAGCAGAAAUACAUUGCCGUUUAUACUGUAUUCAUCAAGCAUCUCCAUGGUGUCCAGCCGACUGUCUGCUAGAAGGUCACAGGGCCCUGCUCACAGUUAGUGUUGCCAGACAUGUGCAUUGUUGUUUUGUUGAUACAAGCUCUAAAAAUGUACAUGUACAGGCUGUGACUGUCUGUCUUGCUGAAUGAGAUUGGGAGGACAAGGUUAGGACAAGACAAAAAGCAAACAUGUCCUGUAUCAAUUGCAUAUUUUCUGUUAUGUCUUACACUAGAAAAGACUGGUGGUCACAUGGAUCCCAGUCAUCUCAGCAAGUGUCUUCUUUACACUAUUUAGCAUUGUCCACUUGUGAUUCUGUCACCCAAGAUGUAUUUUAAAACCAAGUGCAAACAGAAUCUGACAUCCACAGACUUUAUUCAUUUGGAAAAUGGAUUAUAAACAAAACAAAUAAAAGUUGCUGUUAUUAUAUAAAAUGUACCUGUAAUAAAUGCAGUUACAGUGAAAAGAAGCAGGACAAAAUUCCAUUUAUAUUAAGAUGAAUUUGAAAGUUUUAUUCAAAUAAUUGAUACUUAUUUUAUAAUGUCUUGUUUAUUUAUACAUUAUGACCACCAUCCUAAUAUUGUGUUGGUCCACUUUAUGCUGCUAAAAUUCCUCUGACCCAGUGGGGCAUGAACACAGGACCACUGGGAAUGUUCUGGAGCACCUGGAUGGUGGCAGUGAAUUCUGUGGGUCCUGUGGGUUGCAGGGUGGAACCUACCUAGAUCAGGCUUAUCAUGGCACAUCCCACAGAUGUUUAAUAACACUUGGAUCUGGGGAGUGUGAGCAGCUUAGCUGUGUCGUGUCCCCAGGCCACUCCUGAGCAGUUUUUGCAGUGUGUCGGGGUGCAUUGUCCUUCUGAGGGUGGUAACUGGCAUCAAGGACUGCUGUUUUUGUUGCUGUUGUUGUCUACAUUGCAUUGUAAUAGGAUGAUAGAUGUUAUUCACUUCACGUCAGUGGUCAUAAUGUUAUGCCUGAUGGGUGUAAAUACACAAUUCUCCACAUUUGUGAUGUUCAGCUGUUCAACAUGUGAAACAUCUGUUUAGAAAAGUUGACACUUUCAAAACUAUAACAGACUUCCUGACAUGUGAUAUUAGGAGAAGCACAGAUGCAACUAAUAACAUUUUCGACAGUUGUAUUUCAUGUGAGCACACUGGCUCACUGUAGUGACUCACUGACAGACUUGAUACAACUAAACUAUCAUUAAAGUGGUUUGUUACACAUGUGCUUCUCCUGUGAGCACAGAUAAAGAUAUCUGCUGUAUAAAAAGGCCAACUGUGUUUCAUGUUGGUGGGUGUUUUUGUUGAGAUGACAGUAACAAGGAGGUCAAACAAGUCAGUAUCUUUAGACGUGACUGUUUUUGGUGAAAAAAUAUUUUAAAUAUUCCUGGGUAUAUGGAGGAUAUUUUGAAGCAGCAUUUAGUUCAGUUACAUCUAUCCCUAUAUGAUAGAUAGUGUGUAACUGAAUAAACAACUAAAUAUAAUGUAAUAUUAUUCAUUUUACUCCUGAGCAGAGUAUUCAUUCAGUAAAAUCACAGCUGCAGUCCUGCUCUCUAUACUGUAUACUGAUGUUUCAGCACAUAUUUAUAAGUAUUUGUACUGCAUUGUACAAGUUGUAGAUAAUUAUGUAAGUUGUUAGUACAAUGAAAAAUGAAAGAAUAAUAUGUAAAUACCUGUAUAUAAGAGACACAUGGCAAAAUGUUUGGUUUAUGAUGUGAGAAGUAAAUAUACGACUCAUUAAAUGCAAUAAAAUAGCUUGAUUUUAGGACAAUAUGCUUAUUUGCUUUGUUGGGGAGGUUAGGCGAGAGCAUCGUCUCAGGGUUAUAUGAUCCAUGUGAAUGGGAAGCCAGCAGCAUUUAGCAUAGCUUAGCAUAAAGAAUGGAAACAACUGGAAACAGUUAGCCUGGCUCUGUCCAGACCAGAAGCUAUAAAGUGUGCAAAUGAAUACCUUUAUAAAUAGUUCUGUAAGAAAAAAAUAUGAGGAAGAGUACCACUGCAAGUUAUUGUUUGGUAGGCUUUUAUUGGGGACCAAAUGAUUUUUUGCAGGGUGCAGUGACCUCGGGCACACAGAACCUCAUUUUUACACUCUGGUUAUUGUAACGGAUAAAACAAGAUUUAGUGGCUCAGUAAUGUGGCUCAGAGAUUUUGCUGUUUCCCUCUGCUUAGCAAAACCUACUUGCUCUAACAUCAUAUUUAGCAUCUCAUUUGUUUCAUGUGUACAUAAACUUGUUGCCUGUCGUAUGCUGUUUUGAGCAUUAUGGUUUUUGUAUGUUUAAAAAAAGAAGUUAGCUUUCUAUAUGCUACUGCUAAUGCUAACAUGCAAAUGUUACAUGUGUUAUUUAUUGUUUUGUGUUUGUUUGACAACUUUUUCGUGAACUAAUAAAAAUGUAAAAUCUC